AUUUAAGGGACACUACUACAACAUGUCUGCAAGUCAUACCAAUCUUUAAUUAACAAGACGUGACUCCCUCCUUUUUUUAUAGUGCCUUACACAAUCCUUUUUCUUUCCCUAAUCCAUUUCAAAUACAAGUCGUACUUAACAAAUUAUACACUUGUAUUUAUAUUAAUCCCAAAUUCUCUUUCAUUUGUACGGAGUUGGAAAACUUUGUAAUAUUGCAAAUUCAAAUGCAUCAAGUUAGCAAUAUGUCUUGGGGUGUUAAUGAAUCAUAUCGUCCUCUUCCUUCUCUUUAUUUUACUUUGUCUUCCGUUUGGUUUGUUUCUUGUCUUUCCUGGGCUUUUCUCACCUGGCGAAACCGCCAUCUUCAGAAUAAUAAUCUGCAAUGGACGUUGGCAUCAGUUCCGUUAAUUAAAACAUUGCAGCUUAUGCUAUCAUUCCUCUUUUGGUAUUCUUGCUUUUAUUCCGAAGUAUGUUCCCUAUGGAUGUCCUUUGGGGUGUAUGUAACCGGAGUCCUUUUUCAGACAGCUUCUUUUGUGUCCUUCCUGCUCAUUGCUCAUGGUUACUGCAUCCUUUGCGAGCAUCUGUCAUCAUAUGAGAGACGAACUACAGCUGCACUUGGGUGUAUAUUUUACCUGACUCUUGUUGGUUAUAGAGCUUCUGUACCAUAUUUUACUGCCCUUUUGCUGCUCAACUACUUCAUUUCAUUUUCGGUGAUCUUCCACCACAUAUCUCAGAACUUGAUGUCUCUGAGAGAGCAGCUCAGUGUUAUAGAAGAUGAUGAUGUUCGUGCUAUGCAUGAUGCAGUGCGUUCAAAAUAUGUCAUGUUUAAGAAAUUUCGGGUGGCAAUGCAGCUGGUAGCUUUAGCAGAAGCAGCGAUAUACAUAAAUGUGGAUGAUUCUCCAGAGACUUACUGGAUCAGGCUGUUGGUUCGAGAAUGGGCGCAAUAUUGCAUUUUCUUAUACAUAGGGUGGACAUUCCGCUCACAAGAUUUGGCUCCACGCUUUUCUGUUAUACCGACAGAGAAGUCUCAAGGAGGACUAACAGUUCCUCCAAUUUAUACUGUUGUGAUGGAUGCUUCAACCUACAACGAUUUUUGCGAUCAAAAAUGGCACAUUGGAGUGGCAACUUCUCUCCCCAACGGAAGAAGCGCCAAGAAAUCUACUAUGAUUAUAGUUCAACAACCCAAGUGUUAGAGUCAAACUUUUAACCAGGAUUAUUGCACAAGCAAAGACGAGUGCUUUUGGUUUUUCUGAGACAAGCUUACCAUUCAGAUUCAACAACGUGAAGCUACUAAACUUCUUGCGUGCAGAACAAUUGCGUAAUUGCAGUGAAGAACAACAUAUAAACCAAACACGAAUCAUACUUCUUUUUAUACUUUUAUUAAGAUUUGUAUAGAACUAUAGAUAUAAUAGAGUGUAAGUAUAGGUAAAUUAAUAGGAGCACCAGCAUAGUCAGUUCUGAUUCUCCUGAAAAUCAGGAGGAAUGUUGAUUUUAAGGAGGUAGAUAACAUUUGAUCAUGUAGCCAAUUUUGUCCAUGUAUCUAAAGUUCUUGAUAAAUUGUUCAUAGACAUAUUGUAUUUAUAAACCCUGAAGGUUGGAAGUUGGAACCCAAGGUUUCACUUGAAUGCUUUUUUUUUUUUUUUUUUUUUUUGAAGUGCUUUCCCAUCACUUUUCCUAUAAUUGGGCUUUAUACAUAGUUAUUAUAAAGAUUAUUCUUAGAAAUUUAGACUAAAAAGCACGAACUCUUGGUCUAAUAUCUAAAAAUGUAUACUGUUUAAUACUCCCUUUGUUUUUUUUUUUUCUUGCAUCACUUCUCUUUUAUGGGUGUUUUUUUUAAAUGCAUCACUUUUAUAUUUGUUAAAUUUAUACUACUCGGUUACGGGUGGCAAAAAUUUGACCCGACCUGAAAACCCGACCCGAAAAGAGCGGGUUAGGGUUGAGAUUUUCGACACGAAAACUUAAAUGGGUUGACACGAACCCGACCCAAAAUUAUUUUUGGGUCAAAAUCUGGUCGGGUCAACCUGUAAACCCAAACCCAACCCCGACCCCAACCUUAAAAAAAAAAAAAAAAAAAAAAAAAGUAAUCAAACAUUCGGAAUUUCGGAUUAAGCAAAGAGAAAACCUAGCACUCCCCCUCCAAAGCAAGUUCAAAGUAUAAAAAUCAAAAAACAAACGUGGCUUGGGAAACAAGUAGCGAUGCUAAUUAAGCAAAUUACCUAACUAGUAACCCAAACUAUUGAAACUCUUCAUCUAUUCUUUCUUGACGAUCGCCAGAAUAUUUCAAGCUCAUUGCCUACAAUUCAUGCACCCACUUGACUAGAAGGGGGACACAUUUCGGUCGGUUGCAGAACAACAAGAGAAUAAGAUGAGCGCUGGUGGUUCAUUUGGUGGGUCAAGAGGUGCAAGACCAGUUCCUCCGGAAAAAGGAGUAUUUCCUUUGGAUCAUGAUCAUGAAUGCGACGUGG